AUGCUCAAGACGCAGGACAGUACCCAAGGUGCUGUCGAUUCCAUGUUGCCACAUCCACCAGCUGCAACGGCGUCUCGUUCGUCAUUACAGAGUCUUUGCUCUUCCCCUGAAGUGCCUGCCGAGGUAAAGGCGAUGGGGGAAGACAUGUCGGCACUUCAGGCUGAGGUGGUACGUCUGCGAAGUUCGCUGGCGCUCAAGACGCAGCACCUGGAUGACUUGUGGAAGCAUGCGGAGCGUGCCGAGUGUUACGUGCAGGAUUUACUGCAGAAGCUGGGGUACAUGCAGGACAUUGUGCGAGAGGAGAGCUGCAGCUCUGCCCGCCUGUCCCACCAUCUCGAAAGCGUUGAGCACCCGCUGGAGGACAUCGCCUCCUUCGUGACCCUGCGCGGCCGCUCGAGCUCGGCGCAGCCGACCACAUCCUAUACCACCGCUGAGUCCUCAUUUGCCACAUUGAGUAGACAGGAGUAUGUCAAGCGUGUCGCGAGUGUUGAGGGAGUCUGA